AAGAAACAAGUAGAAGAUUUUAGUGCGUGGGUUCAGAUGGAUUUGGGAGGGAGCACAAACAGAGCGGUGGGCGUGGAGAUAGCAGAAGGUAGUUUGAGCAGGAGGAGGAGACACAGUACCAAUGACCUGACUGAUUUGGUCUGCUCUUGGUCUCUUCACGACAUUCUCAACGAAAACCUCUUCCAUGACAAGGUGGAGACUAUACCGGAGACAUUUCAGUCGGUCCAGCAUUAUCUCGGAUCGCAGGUCUACCCUUUGCUGGAAGAGACACGGGCGAGUCUGUGCUCGAGUUUGGAAAAUAUUUCUUCGCAGCCUUUCACUGAGGUUACUGACUCUGUGAAAUGCACGAGAAGUGGGAACACAUAUGCUGUUAAGGCCGGUCGGUGGAGCAAUGAAUCCAACACUCGUGGCAAGGAAACUUACAAAACUUUGCCUGGAGAUAUCUUGAUUCUAACUGAUGCUAAGCCUGCAACUGUUCCUGACUUGGAGAGGUCCGGAAGAAGAUGGGUGCUUGCAUCAGUAAAGAUGAUUGGAGGAGACAAUGAAGAGAAUAAGGCAACGUCAUCCACAAACUUUACAGUAAUGGCAUUAUUGGACCAUGAAGUAAAUAAUCCCUGGAAGCCAAUCUAUGCAAUUUUCCUGACAAAUAUAGCCACUAACAGAAGGAUAUGGGAUGCGUUGCAUAUGUCUCUGAACUUGGAUAUUGUGAAGGAAGUUCUCUGCACAGAUUUGGUGGCUGACAAAGUUUCUAAUAUUUGUAUUACGAAAGGUAAUGGUUCUGCAAGUGAGAGCCUUGACGAGAGAUUCUACCAUGAUCUGAAUGAAUCCCAAAAAAAUGCAGUUGUGGCCUGUCUCAAUAAACUCAAAUGUGAGAACAAGCCAUCUGUCAAACUGAUAUGGGGUCCUCCUGGAACUGGGAAGGCUACAACUGUCGCUACACUGCUAUUUACUCUCAUGAAAAGGAAACGUAGAACCAUUGUUUGUGCUCCUACACAUGUUGCCAUCAAGGGAGUGGCAUCUCGUGUUCUAAAGCUGCUAAAGCAAUCAGAUAAUGGUUUAAGCACUGAAAUGAAAAGUUUUCUCUGUUACUUUGACAUGCUUAUUUUUGGGAACAAGGAGCGGCUGAAAGUUGAUGCCAACAUUGAAGAAAUAUACUUGGAACAUCGUGUAGAGUGCUUUUCCAAAUUCACUAGUCUAAAUUCCAUGAUAGAUACACUUGCCAACUGUGUCCGUCAAUACCACAUAUUUUUGGAAAACGAACACAUAAAAAUAAGCAAAUCAGGAAGUGAUGAUGAUGGGAGUGGAUGCGGAAGCGGUGAGCUUAAAUCAUUUCUUGAGUUUUUCAGGGACCGAUUCAAGGCAACUGUCCAGCCCCUGCGGAGAUGCCUCAAUAUUUUCUGUACUCAUAUAUCCAGAACUAAUUUCCAGAAUAUUACAUCCCUCCUUAACUUACUAGAUUCUUUUGAAACUUUAUUCUGUGGAGAGAAUUUGGAUUCGGAGAUGAUGGAGAUAACUCUUUCACGUGAUGAAGUUAGCCUGUUUUCAUUUGAGACGUCCAUGGGUCCACUAUAUGAUUUAUACAUGAAGAUACAGGAAUGCCUUUCCUUGUUGCUAACUGUUCGUGAUUCUCUGAAGGAUCUAAAACUUCCAAACUUUACAAGUAAGGACAUGAUAGCCGACUUCUGUUAUCAACAUGCUUCCCUGAUUUUUUGCACUGCUUAUAGUUCAUAUAAGCUGUACUCCGUGGAAAUGGAGCCUCUCAAUUUACUGGUAAUCGACGAGGCAGCCCAGUUGAAAGAAUGCGAGUCAGUAAUUCCUCUGCAACUCCCUGGUGUCAAGCAUCUGAUUUUAGUUGGAGAUGAGUGUCAGUUGCCUGCUAUGGUUGAAAGCAAGCUUUCUAAUAGGGCUGGUUUUGGAAGGAGUCUGUUUGAACGAUUGAGUUCACUGGGUUAUUCAAGGCAACUUCUCAAUAUACAAUAUCGGAUGCAUCCAUCAAUAAGUCUGUUUCCGACUUCAAAAUUUUAUCAAAACCAAAUUUUGGAUGGGCCAAAUGUGAAGAGCAAAAGUUACAGAAAAAGUCAUUUGCCAUGGCCGAUGUUUGGCCCUUACUCGUUCAUAAAUAUUCCUGAUGGACAAGAACAAAUCGGUGAUGAUGGCUGUAGCCUUAGAAACCCUGUUGAGGUGGAAGUUAUCUCGAGGAUAGUGAGGAAUCUGUACAGAGCCUGGGAUGGGUCAGAAGAACAUCUGACAGUAGGUGUCAUAUCUCCCUAUGCAGCUCAGGUUGCUGCAGUUCAAGCUAAACUUGGAAAAAGGUAUGAAAAUAUCAAGGGCUUUACGGUCAAGGUGAAGUCAGUGGAUGGAUUCCAAGGUGGUGAAGAAGACAUUGUUAUAAUAUCCACCGUAAGAUCAAACUCACGUGGGACUAUUGGGUUCUUGUCCGAUACUAAGAGAACCAAUGUUGCUCUUACCCGGGCCAGGUAUUGUCUGUGGAUUCUGGGAAAUGGGCAAACACUGACGAAAAGCGAUUCUGUGUGGAAAGCUGUGGUUGACAAUGCAAAGAGUCGUGGAUGUUUCUUCAAUGUUGAUGAUGACAAGGAUUUGGCUAAAGCCAUCUUGGAUGUGAAGAAAGAGAAUAAUCAGCUUGAUGAUCUGCUUGACAGAGGCAGUGUACUUUUCAGAAAUGCAAGGUGGAAGGUUCUUUUCAGUGACAACUUCCUGAAGUCUUUCAGAAAGCUGGCAUCACUCAGGACAAAGAUGUCCAUCAUCAACCUUCUGUCAAAACUCUCCAGUGGCUGGAGACCAAAGAAGAGAAAUGUGGAUAUAAUUUGUGAACACUCAUCUCAUAUCGUAAGACAAUUUAAAGCUGACAGUUUCUAUGUCAUAUGCACGACUGAUAUUGUAAAGGAACUGAUAUACAUCCAAAUCCUGAAGAUAUGGGAUGUAUUGCCUUUAGAGGAUGUGGUAAAAUUGGUCAAACGUUUGGACAGCAUAUUCGAGACAUAUAGUGAUGAUUUUAUUAGUCAUUGCAAUGAGAAAUGCAUUGAGGGUCCUAGUGAAGGUCAAUUUGGGAGUAGUUCUGAUGCUGAUGCUUCAGAUCGUAGGUUGUAUGUGGAGAAUGUGAAAGUGAGCGAGAGUUUGCUUCUGAUGAAAUUCUACCCCUUAUCAUCAGAUAUUGUCAGAAAUUUGCUCGAUGACAGUGAUGGUAAUAAAGCAAGUGUUCCGUUUGAAGUAACAGAUCAAGAACGAGAGAUAAUUCUUUUCCCCAGAAGCACUUUUAUACUUGGGCGAUCUGGAACCGGUAAAACUACAGUCCUGACAAUGAAGUUGUUUAGAAAUGAGAAACUGCAUGAUGAAGCAACCAAGGGAUUUCAGGAAAUCCAAAGUGCUUUUGUGACUGUCAGUGCAAAAUUAUGUUUUGCGGUCAAACAGCAUUUGUCUCAACUUAGAAGCUCCAGCAUUGGUGCAAAACAUAGAGGAGGAAGCUCUUCAGUUGGUGAGAUUGUUGAUGAUGCAGCAUUAUUCAAGGAUAUCCCGGAUUCAUUUGUAGAUAUAUCUCCCAACUCUUAUCCCCUUAUUAUAACUUUUCAUAAGCUUCUGAUGAUGCUAGAUGGAACAGUUGGGGCUUCAUUCUUUGAAAGGUUUCCUGAUCUAAGGGAGUUUUGUCAUGGCCAAACCUACAAUUCCAGACCAGUUGCCUUACAAAGUCUUGUAAGAGCAAAGGAGGUUACUUACGAAAAGUUUUGUGCAGUUUAUUGGCCUCACUUCAAUGACAAGACAAGAAGGAGGCUUGAUCCUUCCAGAGUCUUCACUGAAAUAAUGUCCCACAUAAAGGGCGGUCUUCCACCAGCAGAUGGUUGUGAAGGCAAACUUGACAGACCAGCUUAUGUUUCUCUUUCAGAGGGUCGUGUCUCCACUCUGAGUAUUCAGAGAAGAGAAGAAAUUUAUGAUGCUUUUGAGGAUUACGAAAAGAUGAAAAUGAAAAAUGGUGAAUUUGAUUUGGCCGAUCUUGUCAAUGAUCUUCAUUGCCGUCUUUUUCGUGGGCAGUUUACCAGUAAUUUGGUGGAUUUUGUAUAUGUUGAUGAAGUGCAGGAUCUCACCAUGAGGCAAAUUUCACUGUUCAAGUAUAUAUGUAGAAAUGUUGAUGAGGGCUUUGUGUUUUCUGGCGACACCGCGCAAACUAUUGCAAGGGAGUAG